GAGAGAGAGACAGGCAAGACUCGGCGCUGAAUCUUUGGAAGUUUUCCCUCAUCACCCUCACCGGCUCCUCCAUCACCUCCCCCGCAAGAUGGCCAACUCAGACGCGGUGUAUAACACCACGACCACAGAAGCACCAGAGACGAGAUCGAGUCGAUGUUUCUUCAUACCCAAUUCCAACCUGGACUGCAAAAGAUUUUUUGUAAAAGUCGCAGAAGUGCUCCUGUCCUUCGUGGCGUUCGUCCUGGAGGAAGUGGUGAACAGUUGCUCUUCCUGCAGCGAGCUGUACUUCUUUGAGUUUGUCAGCUGUACAGCCUUCCUCUUCACACUCCUCCUCCUCAUCCUCCUCUCCACACCGCUGCACCAGAAAGUCGGCAUCAACUGCUGGCCCAAACUGGAUUUCGUGUACACGGCUCUGAUCUUCGUCUUUCUAAUCAUUGCCUCCAUCGCGUUCGCGGCGAACAACAGCGGCUUGGGAGUGGAGAAAGCCACUGUGGCUUUCGGCUUCUUCGCCUCCUUCGCCUUCCUCACAGAUGUGAUCAUCUUCUACAAGACGAAUGGUUUCCCAUUUUCUGGCAGAAAUAACGAGGUCCCGGUGCGUUCGCCUGAACCGGUGCCUGAGACCGAGAAACUAAAUGUCAACGGUACCAACGGUACCAACUGAUCCAGUGAGAAAAUCCCUGUUUCCUGUCGAACAUCGACCCGAUCCUGAAUUCACCUUUAAACUUUAAACCUGCUCCAUUGCCGAACUGACCCCGUUUAAUUUAUACAGCUUUUUAUUUUAUUCCUGUUUCCCGUCACAUUAAUUCAGAUUUUUCACGUGAAAUUGAAGCGGUUUAUAAUAUUUGAGUUUUAUUCCUCAGCAGAGGAAACGAGCAUAACGUUUCUCACGAGCGUGAUGGUUCAGGAAGUAAAAUUUCAAUAAAUUGUCAUUUUCAAGUUGCAUUUAAGAAAAAUCUUUGUACUGAGAUUUGAAAAUCCGUGCCUUUUAGCGCGAGUGUGACGACUGAUCCGAGAUAAUCAGCAGCACAGAGUGGUGAGUGUGAACGCUCGCGGUCCCCUCAGUACACACACACACACGGGACGGAAAUAAACACCCCUUCUUUUAGAGGAGGGUCACGUACGUGUGUGUGUGUUAAUCCUCUGCUGAUGAUUUUCAUUCCUUUUUAUUUGGCUCGAGUGUAGGGAUGAUGUGACCGUAUCAUGCUAACAUGCUAAUCCUUCUCUAUGCUUUUAUUUAACAGCAGGCUUCACAUUAAUCAGGGUUAAAUUCCACGGCGUGUGAACACGAUAUCAUCACCAGCACAAAUAUUUAUUCAUCUGACAACAUGCACUAGUUUUAUUUCUCUUUAAUAACACACAGACUCCUUAACGUUGGCUAUUUUUUUUUUACUCCAGACACAAAAAUAAAUGAACGUUUUUCUAGGAUGCUUUCUAGAUUUUUUAUCUUUUUAAAAACCACCUCCUUAAACUGUUGUGUGAGACGCUUUUGAGUACGUCAGUGUGUUGAGUGAGUAAUGGUGUUGGACUUUAACCCCUAUACACGGCUUUUUAAAGUGCAUGUCUGGAGUAUUAGGAGUCGAUUUUUAAACCGGACAUGAAAAGGACGAGUUUGAAUUUUUCCUCGAGUGUGUUUGUUCUGCUUCUUGUACAAGAUCCUAGAAACCGCUGUGGAUUUCCUGCGUUCACACUCGCGUGUGACGAAGCAGCGGGUGACUGUUCAUCUUCUCCGUAUCUGUGGGACACAAAACCAAAGUUUCAGCAGCGAGUGGCCUUUAAACUGCGAGUUUCUCAAUUCUAUUCUGAUUCUAUUCAGUGCUGUAAAGAAGCGACGAACCUAAACGAUCAUCUGGAGAUCGUUGAUUCAGGCUUGUACCUCAUACACUUUGAUUGCUUUGCUAAUCUGGUAAUUCACUCGACAGGCCACACCCACAACGCCAGACAAACUACACGCUCCAGAGGUGUUAGUUAGUGUGAACAGGUUCAGAGUUCUGUUUUUGGUGAAUCGGAUCAUUUGAUUCAGAGUCGACUCUUUUGGUGCUCGAGUGAUUCAUUACCACGACUCAUUUUUAUCCCCUGCUGGCCGAAAGGGCCGAAAGGUGAUUAUGUCGUGGCGAUGUCCGUCCAUUUGUCCGUCCGUCCCGGGAAGGGUGCUCACCUGCUGAAAUCAACUCCUCUCUCAGUUUUUGAAGGAAUUUCACCAAACUUGGCAGAAUUCUUUGUUAGAUGUCUGUAAUACUUGUAUUGUAAUUUCAUUAAAUUGGGUGACAUUUAAUCAGAGUUAUGAUUUGCCGAGUUGCCAGCAGGGGAUGUUGUGCUCUCAGAGCACUCUUGUUCUAAUCCAGACAAACUUUGCGAUAUUUAUUUUAACCCCGACUCUUCUUCUUCUUUUCCUGACUGUGGCUGGAAACGUUUCCUGAACUCUUCCUCAACCGUCUAAUUCCCGGAAUAAGAUGAGUUCAUUUUGCUGAAUGACACAAACUGAAACCACAGAAUCUUUCUCUCUCAAAAGACGUUUUGGUUUGAAGGACAGCGUCAGCAUUACAGCGUUAUCACUUCCUGUCAUGGACACACUUUCAGCGAGUGUAUCACGGAGCAGAAGUUUUCUGUAGUAAAAACUCGGCUGAAGUGAAUUCCCUGCUGUUUAUUUCCUCUCAAGUUUUUAGCUGCAGCGUUUUGCAGUUACCCAAUCUGAACACGGACGUUUAAGUUAUUCCCCGAAAUCGAGUCGUACGUGAGCCGAUAGGUGACGAGGCGCGCAGCACCGAGAUUGAGUGGAAUAACUGUUUUAUUCUAUCCACAUUCACUGGAUUUUGAGAAACACAGCAUUUUUAUUUUUUCAAAUAAAAACUUUAUACAGAACGUCCAACAAAAUUGUUUCUGUUUAGAAAGUAAACAAACUGGCAAAAUGACAGGAGCAAUUUGUGAAAAAUGCGAUAAUUUUUGAACAAUAAAAAAGGAGAUGUUCUUACCACCAAAUACUUUUAUUCCAUAUUUUUUUACUUUUUUUUUUGUAUUUUUUGGGGUUUUGUUUUUGAGUAGAGUUUUUAUUUCAUCCUCGGUUGCUUCAGCAACACGCCGCCAUUUUGUUUUUCUCUACUCACGGUAUAUGAGCUGAUAUCCUCGUAGAGUAGCCAGUCAGAGCGCGCGAUUGCUCAUAUCCAGUGAAUGUGGAUUAGAAUAAUUGGGAUAUAUUUUGGAGAUGUUAAUGAGGCCUGUGUUAUUGAUUCUCUUUACAUUUUUGCUCUUUUUCUUUCUCUCAAGUCCAUCAUGAUGACGGCUAACUCCGUUAUUGAGCCGAUAAAUGAAAAAUGACUGAAACAGUCUUUAAAGCAGAUACGCAGAACCUUUAUUUUUAAAUAAAUUUCUGAGUGGAUAGUAUCUCCAUCCUGGACUCUUGUGUGCUGCAUAAAUGGGAAUAAAAAUAUAUAUUUUUGAGAGUUAAAAUCGAGCGCAAAGUUGUGAUUGGCGCUGCCCCGCUGAGCCAGCCAGCCCUGAGUGCGUGACGUCACAGCGGGAACCGGUUUUAAGGCCGAGGCCUUUUACAGCUAUAGACCAAAGUCGUAUAAAUAAAGAUUUAUGGAGAAAGUAAGAAAUAGCGUUACCGACUCGCUCAACUAAGACUGAUUUGACUUCACUGAUUGUGGGUUGACUCUCAUUAAAACAGGAUGGGUGCUAUAACUUAUGCAACACACAUGUACAUGCAUGCAUUUUCACUGAUAAAACGUAAAAGGCUCAUUAAAUAAUCAGACAAACUGAGACAAUCACAUUCUGAAGUAAAUUAAGUAAUCUUAUACCGCUAACUUAAACACACAAUACAAGUUACAUGGAUUAAUCUAAAUGCAGGGAAACAAAAAGUGUUGCUUUUUGUUGUUGUUUUUUUAUCCAAAUGAGAGUCGGAGCUUACCCGUCUGUGUUCUCGCUUCUUGAAGGCCGAUCUUGUGGCCGACUGUUUUGAAACAAUCUGACUUUCAGUUCUCCGUUCAUUCGCUUCUUCCACAUAAGGGUGAGAUGGCAGCAAUAUCUAGUUUAGAAAUCAGACGGCUGCUCCACUUAUUCUCCAUUUUCUCCAUACUGAGUACUCCACCAUUACUGCUCAACUCAGGCAAUUACUAAAACCCGGGACGGGACGGAACGUCACUGGUUUUAACAACAACUGCAGGGAGGUCACUGCCCGAGCGAUGUGUCCCGUCCUGUUCCGUCCCGGGUUUUGCCAACAACCCUCGGCUCACUCUGGGAGGACUGGUGCAACUGAACUUACUUUCCUUUAAAAAAAAAAAAAUAAAUAAAUACUUUCCUGCCCUGUGAUGACCUGGCGACUUGUCCAGGGUGAACCCCGCCUUUCGCCCGUAGUCAGCUGGGAUAGGAUCCAGCUCGCCUGCGACCCUGUAGAACAGGAUAAAGCGGCUACAGAUAAUGAGAUGAGAUGAGAUUAAUACUUUCCUUUUCUUGUAGUUUUAGUUUCCUUUAAUUGUUGGUACUGCGCCCUCUUUCAAUCCGGGCUUAUAGCCAACGCUCCUCAACAGAUCAGAGGUCUCGUACGAGUCUUCAGUAAAAUGUGCAGAGCAGAGGAGAGACCACUUCGUAGGUGCCCAAUGUGCCCGUGAACUUCUCACAAAACGCAUCCAAAUCUUUACAGUUUGAACAUUCUUGGGCCGUGAAUGCAACGUAAAUCCACCUUCUGUCGUGUUGCUGCACCGGCCAGCAACACAUCUACGUGGCAUGGCGAUAAAUUAGCUCUAAAUGGAGGAUCGGAGUUGCAGUCAGCUCUGUGUUUUAGUCUAGCGGAAAUGGCGAUGAGGCCGAUAGACUUCCUGCUGUGACGUUACGGACGUCAAGGUCAUUCACUCAGACCGCUACCUAUAUAAAUCACUUUAAUUGUAAAAAUUACUAUAUUAGAUUUAUUGUUAAUGCUUAAAACUACUCCUGUGCCAUUCUUGAGUCUUCAGUAGAAUGGCGUUUAUAAAUGAAAGUGAGGCCAUGCCUCUGCAUAUCUGAUUUUAAGAUGUUUCAGCAGGGAUUCGAGUAGUUUGGGUUAUAAACAGCUCUGGAACUGAAUCCAAAGAUCCACCAAAGACGAUUCAAUUCUCCAAAAUGACAAACCAAAGUGCAAAAGUGUAAAAAUCCUGAAUUAGAGAUCAUCUUGGCUUUGCAUUCGCGUAGCAAAGGACGAGCCACUGAUGUAGCUCUGGGUUUGUCCGCUGUGGGCGUGGCCUUUAUUAUCGACAAUCAUGUACGUUUAUAUAUAAAUAUAAAUCCAUGUUUCUGUAUUGCAAGUAUUUUAAAAUGUAGAUUAGUUUUGUACAAAAACUUAAUUUUGCAGUUUUCUCUGUGUUUUGUGUGGGUUAAGGAGACGUGAAGUGAGAACUGGACAGAUGUGUGAUUAGUCAGAGGAACUGCAUUACAGCUAAUUUGCAUAAAAUAAUUUAAAGUGAACAUUUUCAGUUCGUCUGAUCUCCGUGUCAUUUUGCGAAACUGUUUGUGUGUAAUUCCGAGUGUGUUUUUACUGCAGAGUGAUUUGGGUGCUGUUUCUCCUUCCUGUGGUUCUGAUGAGUGUGUGUGAGUGAAACAGCUGGUUCAGGUGCAUAAAGGUGUUCAUAUUCCUUAGAGAGACGGUGUGUGUGUGUGUGUGUGUGUGUGCGCGCGCGCGCUCGCUUUCUCGUUCCCUCGAUUCCACAAAUGAUUUGGUUCGGUGUAAUUCUGAUGUAAUUCAGUUUCUUUCUUUUUUUUUUUAAAUACAGAGAGAAAAUACAAAUAGUUUAGAAGAGAUAUAAUCAGAGUGUGUGUGUGUGUGUGUGUGUGUGUGUGUGUGUGUGGUCAGCCACUUGUUAAAUGCCCGACCUCACAAAUGGACUGCAAUUCUGUCAGCUUGCACGAGCACCUUCUGAUUUUUCUGGCAAUUUCCAGGUUAGUUAAUUAAACAAACAAACAUGAUUUUAAAUAAAUGUAAAUUACCAUGUGUGCGUAAUAAGUUUAGACGACGCUUAACACUUUAUUUAAAAUCAUUAUUAUUAUUAGUAGUAGUAAUCCUGUUUGAGAGCACACACACACACACACACGAUUCAUUACCAAACGUUUGAGGUUAAAAUAAACGACUUUCCACUUUCUCCAUCACACUUGUGUUCAUUCCUGUUUAAUCUUUACUCAGUAAUUAAUAAUUGUCUUAAUUUUUUUUCCUGUGUGAACGUUAAACCUGUGUAAUUUUUUCCCUGAAUUGCAUUUUAUAAGAUAAUCAUUCAAUAAAGUACAAGGGAACACA